AGAGGAGUGAUAUCGGUUUGUUGGGACUAUAGGAAACUACCAUGGCCUUAUCCGAUAUAUUUGGAAUCAGCAGGCACUCAAGUCGAAUGAACCACGGCCCAAAUUCGUUAUCGUCGUGCUUCCAAAAACCGGAGCUCCAGUUUUAUUAUAUCUCAGCUAAUUUUAAAUCGCAGUCGAGGAUAUUAUUAUAUAUGCAUGAAGAUCAGCAUCAUACUAGUUUCGAAUUCAAAAAUGAUAUAUCACAGAAGGAUGAAAAUGUAAAAAAACAUAGUAUUUCCUUCAAAAAAAUCUGGCGAGAAGCCGUAUUUUCUAUACCUGUUAUUAUAAUCAUUGUAACUGGAACUGUUACUAUCGCAACUUUACUUUUACUGUUGAUCAGAACUCGUCUUAAGAUCCAUCGUCGAGUUUACAUCAAUAGUACAGUACCACAUAUAUUAAGAACUAUGGAUGAAAAUGAAUUACCUCAUGUUGUGCGAGGGGAGCAUGGUUAUGACACGCAAGAAAAUUAUUUAGCAACAGAUGAAUUAGGAAGCUUUGUACCAGAAAACUAUGCCAAAUGUGUAGAAGAUACAAUAACAACGGUUCCUGUGGGUGCUAUUCGGAAGAAAAUUACAUCAUGUAAUUCAAUGAAACGUCACCCUCACGGCAAACUAUAUGAUAAAACACUGCUCAAUUCAUCCGUCAGCGGAACCUCGUCCGCAUCAUUGUCCUUUUUCAAUUCACCAUCUGCUAAUGAAAAACAUAAUGAUCAACUUAUUUCGCAUGAGCAGCAGAAGCAUGAAACAUACAAAAACAGUCAGAGUGUCGCGUAUUUGGAAAGUAAUGCUAACCAUGAAACUUCCACAGCUUGUCAAGAGCUAAUAGUGGAUGUUAUUCCUAAAAUUUCUAUUCAACAACGAGCUAUUUGUCCUUCGGAAAAUAUAAUUUCGGAAAAUUCUGAAUUUAUUAGGUCUCAUAUAUUAAAAUCAUCAUCUAAUAUGCAGAACAUUCGUUUAUCUCAAAUCAAACCAAUAAAUGAUAAAAAUAUAGAUAGCCAUUUGCCUAUUUCUGACGACAAAGAAAACUUUACAGCGUUCGAUCACCAAAAUAUAACUGCUAGUAAUGACGCAAAUGGAAGUGAAUGUGACGCUGCUACCUCUGCUACUGUCAACCAGGUUCUAACGUCGUUCAAGAAUAUGCCCAUUGAAACGGAACUAGAUACAGGUUGCAAAAGUACACAAAGAACUACUGAUCAGUUCCCGCUUUCACCAAAAUCCUCUCAGCAACAUAGAGAUUCUUCCCAAUUUGAUGUGAUUAAUAAUGGCAAAAAAGAUAACUCCUAUUUUCGUUUUCCUGAGGUAGACGUAUUAACACCCCCGAAAAGCGCACGUUUCUCAAACAGAAAGUUAUUCGUAGAAGGAAGCGACCUAGAAAUUCCUUAUAAUAUAGUAUCUUGUGCUUCUUCGAGCACUCGAGAACUGUCACCGCAAUGUCUAUGCAUAAGUACAAUUGAUUGCAUAUCAAAUUUGGAACACGAUCCGAAUGAUUGUUUCUCUAUGGCCAAAGUUGAAAAGGGUUCACAUGCAUAUGUGUAUUUCAAAGAUAAUGAUUUUGCUAAAACUCGUAAUGAUAGACGAAGUCGGUUGAAAUCAAUUUCACUUGACUCAGAAGGAGCUCGCUUAGUAGAGGAAAAUUUCACUAAAAGUAUUCCAGUUGAAGAAUUGGUUGAAAUUGCUGCUAAUCAGUCAAAUCACAUUGUGUCUGGAAACAAAUUGCAACUGCAAUCGCAAACUCAACGACAAAUAUUAGGUAGUAUCAGCGAUAACGACCAAGUGUCAUGCAAAAAACGGAACAUAUUUAAUUUGACACUGAAUUUGAACGACAAAGAUGACACAUUGAUUAAUGAAAAUAACUACAAGUUUAAUGAAAUUUACUUCGAAUACUAUGACUAUGAUGACGAUGAUUACGAACAUCAUGAAUACAAUAAACAAAAACAAGCAAUUCCAAAAGAUUGUACCGGAUGGCAAAAAAGGCACUUGUUUCAAAUGCAAACCCCGAAUAUUCCACUGUUAAUGCAUUCCCGUAACAAGGCAAAUUCUUUAGAUUCAGAUCGUUCUCUACAUCAGAUACAACCACAAUUUUCCACUUACUGUUCACUGGAUAAAGAGGAACACCAAACUAUUGCACACGGAGCAGCUUUGAACCAUUGUGCAUCUUUCUUACGUACAUCUUCCCUAUCAGUUCCUACAACCCCCAAACGUAAACCUUAUCGUAUCCAUCAACAACAGGAAAAUUCAAAGCCCUAUUUUUGCAACAGUGGCGAUAGCUUAUUUGACAUGAAUAAAAGUGUAGCUCUUGAAAGAAUAUUGUUCGGUGGGUUCCAACAAAAAUUAAAAAAAUUCGAAGAAAAUAUCGAUGGUUGUUCCAAAUUAGUAGACGUUUCAAACAAGAUCGAUACAAAAACAUCAUUUUUCGAUUUGACCCAGCGGAAAGAGCAAAAUUUGAGUAUAUCAAAUGUCAAUCUUAAAACUCUACCAGAAGUUUUUCCUGUCGGCAGUUUAGCAGAUUCUAACAGAUUUGAGAAACCAUACUAUCAAACGAUAAGUAAAAGUCGAUCAAGUAUACUACAAAGAAGAGGUUCCAACCAAAGUCUUACGCUUAAUCUUGACAUUACUUCCGGUAGUGGACACUUAUCCAAGCGACUAUCUGCUUCGAAUUAUAGCUUAGGAAACUAUAAAGGCUCUCGUCUAAGCCUGGCGAGUUCAUCAUUCAAUCUUCAACAACAGUAUGGCUGUAACCAAUUAAAUGUCAAAACAUUUCAAACCAAGCGAAACCUACUCCAAAGACGUGGUUCAAAUACAAGUCUUGUUUUGAAUUUACAAGGGUCAAACAAUAGCUUGAAUCAUUCUACCAGCAACAACUCAUUGAAUACUAAACAACAAAAAAGUGCUCGCCCGGCCAGAAAGGGUUUAUUAGAACGCCGCAACUCUAAUACUAAUUUAACCUUAUUCAGUGUACAAAAUCAUGAGCUAUCAACAUCCAACUGCAAUUUGCCGGGAUCAAUAUGCAGUUUAAAUAGCAUUGCAACUUAUCACACUCAUAAUGAACAAUCUGUCAUGGAAGAAGAAGAGCAACAAGAAAUUGUCAUAAAAGAAUGUUGGGUACCGGUAGAACGGUUAAAUGAACCACAUCUUAUGUUGACAUGUCAGCAGCAUACUGGGAGGAAAAAGUUUUUCAGCUCCGACAGUCUCAAUGACAUAGUGAACUUGCGUCUUGAAUGUUGUUGCACGCAAAAAACUACCAAUAUGGACAAUUCUAUCUACCAUGAAGGACAAACGGAAAACUCCUGUGGUAAGUAA